AUGUACGCCGUACUGGAGCGGAUCCGCAAGCUGGAGUCCGAGUUCAAGCUCAAGACCAACAAUGGCAAACCGCGCCAAGCCAACAUUGAAGCCUUUUGGCCGGUGGGCCAAGGAGCAAGGUUGCGAGUUCGAUGGCGUCAAGAUAUCGGAGUUUUCCGGAUACGAGCUGGGGCUGGAAGCGACCAAGGAUUUCAAGGAGGGCGAAGUGUUUGUGACCGUGCCGAGAAGUUGAUUUUCUCGGUCACGGCCGACAGCAAGAUACCGGACAUCAUGAAGGACAUCCCGGUGAUGAUGGUGCAGAAUCUGUCCAACCUGAUGCUGGCGCUGCUGCUGAUCGUGGAACGGUUCCAGCCCGAGCAGCGUUUGGAAGCCGUAUCUGGACGUGCUGCCCGAUCGGUACUCCACGGUCAUGUUACUUUCAGUCCGGCCGAGAUGGCAGAAUUGAAGGGAACGAGUGCAUUCGGGGCGGCGCUCAGUCACUGCAAGAACAUUGCCCGGCAGUACGGGUUCAUAAAGAAGUUCAUCCAGGGCAAAGAACGGCGCUGCUGA